UGCGGCAGCCGUGUCCCAAAUCCGGUGGAAUAUCCUAACCAAGACCUCCUCCCAAUUCCACCCGUCCUCCCCACUUCUUCUCCGGUGCUCUCCUUUUGCUGAAAGUCAGGUAUUCUGCUUCGAAGAGUUAAAAACAGGAGAAAAACAAGGUUUUUUCCCUUUUAAGAGGAGAGUUGUGAGCAAUGCCAACGGCAAUCCUUCCAGCAACUGUUGCAAUCCCAAGCUGGCCGAUCGGUCGAUGUCGUCCAUUAGAUUUUUGUCCGGUUCCGAGCAAUUCAGCUUGUGUUCCUUCCCUAUCAAGCCUGCCAGCCCCUCUUCGAGUCUUAUCAUUCGGAUGGGCGGUGGCCCGCGGACAUACCCUGGUGGUGUGUCCAAGUGGCAGUGGAAGCGGAUGCAGGCAAAGAAGGCGAAGCAGCUCCUGAAGGCCCGGCUAUGCCGGGAACGCCAGCUCUAUGAAAUGAGGAAGCGAGCAGAGCUUAAGGCUGCCAUUUCGGAGCUUGAGCGACCAUGGGAGGUUGUGGAGAGGGCACCAAAUCUCUUUUCAGUGAGUGCUGAUGAGCAGGUGAAGGCGUUGGCUGACCGGUUCCAGCGGCCUGGUGGAUUUGAUAUGUGGAAUGAGAAGGAUGGGCCACAGAUAUUUCAGACACCCGAUGCGUUACCGUCCGCAAGGUUCUUCCCUAAGGGAGUGGUUCACAGUGUAAAGCCUUAUGGGGUUGUUGCAGGUUUGAAGGAAUCAUUGGGAGAAGAUGGCUCACAGGGUAAGGAGGAGCUAAGGUUUGAUGAUUGGAUUGCAAGGGGAGGGGGUGGCGUCAGUAGAAGGAGAUCGAGGAGGUCUUCUAAUGGUAAAGGUGGAGCUGAGUUGGAGACUAUUGAUGUUGAGGCCAGGGAGCUGGAUGGAGGAAGUAAUCAAGUUGUUGAGGAUGUGCAUCCAAGCUCAGGGAAUUCAACUUUUGCAAGAAAAUUUGGUCGCAAGGAUAGCAAUGCAAUGGAGGAUCAGAGGGUCUUGAAAAAGGAGGAUAUUCUUAAGGAUUUUCUUGAAGAUAAAGAUGCUAAUAUUGAGCCAAAUGGUAUGUUGAUGAACCGUAGCAAUAGGAGGCAGCACCGAACUGAGGCUAUUGUCAAAGGAGAAAGUGGUAAGAUGGUGGGUAUUGGAAGGAAUACUAGCAGCAAUAGAAGGUAUAAGGGAGGGAGAAUUUCAUUGCGACCAACCACAGAUUUAUAUUGAUAGUUACAGAAUGACAGAUUUAAAAUAGAGUGGAGGUUAUGGUGUUCAGAGAAGUAUAUAACUGAAGAAAGCCUGAUAGUUGAUUUCUUGUUUUGAGAAGCAGAAUCCUCAAUUCUCUAUCAGAAAGUGAAAUCCUUUAUGGGGAACUUGAAAGAAAGGUGAUUUUGUAAUAUACUUGAAAGUGUAUUUGUGAAUUUGUUGCUAUGCAUAAAUCAUAAGUUGCUCUAGCAAAUUGAUCUC